UUUGUGUCUCAUCAAAUCCCUAAAUCUCGAGUACGAAGAAGAGACGAAAAUGGCACUGAGAAAUGCAAUUCUUCGUCACCUGAGGGUUCCAGUGCAAACCCUAGGACUGAAGCAGUCUCAAAUUGGGUCCAUUGGUUCGAUCCGGUCUUUUUCAUCGCACGAUGAUCAUCUCAGCAGAGAAGCUGUCGUUGAUAGAGUUCUUGAUGUUGUCAAGAGCUUCCCCAAAGUCGAUCCCGCUAAGGUGACUCCUGAGGUUCAUUUCCAAAACGAUCUGGGAUUAGACAGUUUGGACACAGUGGAGAUAGUGAUGGCUAUUGAAGAGGAAUUCAAGCUGGAAAUCCCAGACAAAGAAGCUGACAAGAUCGAUUCUUGCCCUCUCGCCAUUGAAUAUGUUUACAAUCAUCCAAUGUCUAGCUAAAACCUGUGUGCUCUCUCAUAUGGUUUCUCUUCCUGUUUCUUCCCUCUUUUUUGUAUGAGGUUAUUCUCUCUUGAUAAUGGGAUUUGCAAAUAAUUUCACUUCUGUUUGGAGAGCAUUGUUAUUGACUCUUUUAACAGUUUCAGUUUCUUUGAAAUCCCCUUUUCCUUGCUUUACAGCUUGGAUCUUGUGAAAGUUGACACUCUUUCUUGAGUUGAUACAAUUUGUCUUCAGUCUACUCUAGUUCUUUUUAUCAGACUUUAUGAAUUGUAAUAUUAAAACACACAAUUAAUGAAAAUCUUGUUCGAUC